AUGGCCAAAGAGAUCUCCAGGAUCCCCCGGCCCGGCGCACGCCGCCCGGAGUCGUAUAUCCCCCUUGCUUCCCCGGCCCGGGGGGUGAGAGUGAAACGUCUCGACUUCUUAGACCAGGACGACGCGCUCGGGUGUCCCGCCCCACGCCGGGAGCCACGUGACCGCCUCCCAGAAGUGCUGCGCGCAGGCGUGCUUUCCCCGGGCGGGUCGGGGAGUAGAUGGGUGGACCUGGGCGGGAUGGCUUCCCAGGGCUCCGGGAGGCAGCUCGACUGUGCGGCGGCGGCGACCACCCUCCUGAAACGGGCGGUGGAACUGGACUCCAACUCUCGGUACCAGGAGGCUCUUGUGUGUUAUCAGGAGGGUAUCGAUGUGCUGCUGCAACUGCUUAAAAGCACCAAAGACAAUGCAAAGAGAUGUCACUUUAGACAAAAAAUUUCUGACUACAUGGACAGAGCAGAAGACAUAAAGAAGUUCCUGGAGCAAGAAAAAGAAGAUGGAAAAUACCACAAGCAAAUUAAAAUAGAAGAAAAUGCAACAGGCUUUAGUUAUGAGUCACUUUUUCAAGAAUACCUUAAUGCAGCUGUUACUGAAGUGUGGAUAGAAGAUCCUUAUAUCAGACAGACUCACCAGCUAUACAACUUUCUUCGGUUCUGUGAGAUGCUUGUUAAGCAGCCAUCUAAAGUGAAAACUAUUCAUCUUCUUACUUCUAUGGAUGAAGGCAGUGGGAAGGGUCAGCAGACCAGUGGCCUGGAAGAAAUAAGAGAGUCACUUAGUGAGCAUGGAGUAGAGCUGGAAAUAGAAUUCUCUUCUUCAAUACAUGAUCGAGAAAUUAGGUUCAACAAUGGAUGGAUGAUUAAGAUUGGAAGGGGACUUAAUUAUUUUAAGAAACCAAAGGGUCGUUUUUCACUUGGAUAUUGUGAUUUUGACUUGAGACCAUGUCAUGAAACAACAGUGGAUAUUUUUCACAAUAAGCACACAAAGAAAAUAUGACAACAGUCUCUGACUACAUGUUUUAAAAUUUUAUAUUUUAAAUGAAUUUCUGAAUUUUAAACUUUUUACACAAUGAUCAUUCCUGUAAAUGAAAAUGUAAUAGUGAAUCUAAUUUUAUAUUUCUAUUGAUUUGGAUACUGUUUUGUUUAUUAACACACAAUUUAAUAUGACUGACAUGGUUUCUUCCCUAGCCACACCACUGGUUUAAAAAUGUUACCUAGAAAAGCUCUUAUUUGCCUUCAGGGAUAGAGUCUAAAUCAAACAAAGCACCGAAUUAAAAUCUCUACUUCAUUAA